UCUUUGUUCUUGGCUAUGAUAAAAAUGCAUAAUUCUGCCAGACUACGGACGCCCGCUUUUUGCAAGAAAGCCCGUUUCUGUUCUCAGUCGUCAUGGCGCUUUCAGUAGCAGGUUUGUCGAGCAUUUUGUUCGGCGUCAGCACCGCCAGAGGGAUCCGUAGCCGGCGACCCGGCAGCGUGCCGACCUUUCGCUGUGCUGACGGCGGCGUUGAUGAUGGAUGGGAGAAAGCGACCACCUCACUGGAUCCCCACUUCGACAAGAAGGCUUUCCGUCACAACCUCACCAGGAGUGAUCGUUAUAAUCGCCAGGGGUUCGGACGCAAGAAGGAAACUCUGGAGCUCAUUGGUCGCGAAUACACAAGUGAUGUGAUAAAGAAGCUUAAAGAGAAUAACUACGAGUAUACUUGGGGCAACGUGACAGUGAAGCUGGCGGAAGCCUUUGGAUUUUGCUGGGGAGUGGAACGGGCUGUUCAGAUUGCGUACGAGGCCAGGAAGCAGUUUCCGGAGGAAAGGAUUUGGAUCACCAACGAGAUAAUACAUAAUCCUACCGUCAACAAGAGAUUAGAAGAGAUGGAGGUCUGGAACACGGUUGAGAAGCACAAGCAGGGAGAUUAUACUUCGAUAAUUCAUGGCAAGUACUCUCAUGAAGAGACUGUGGCCACCUCGUCUUUUGCAGCAAAGUACAUAGUUGUGAAAAACAUCAAAGAGGCAAUGUACGUAUGUGAUUACAUUCUGGGAGGCCAGCUUGAUGGAUCUAGCUCAACUAAAGAGGAUUUUCUUGAGAAAUUCAAGUAUGCUGUCUCUCUAGGCUUUGAUCCCGAUGUAGAUCUAGUAAAAGUUGGCAUUGCAAACCAAACAACAAUGCUCAAGACUGAGACAGAAGAAAUUGGUAAAUUGGUAGAGAAGACUAUGAUGCGUAAAUAUGGAGUAAGAAUCAUUAACGAACACUUCAAAAGCUUUAACACAAUAUGUGAUGCUACUCAGGAGAGACAAGAUGCCAUGAACAAGCUGGUUCAGAAUAAGCUUGAUCUGAUCCUAGUUGUUGGUGGGUGGAAUUCAAGCAAUACCUCACAUUUGCAAGAGAUUGCUGAAAUCAAUGGAAUCCCAUCUUAUUGGAUAGACAAUGAAAAGAGAAUUGGACUGGGAAACAAGAUAACCUAUAAAUUGCUUCAUGGGGAGCUUGUUGAGAAGGAAGACUUCCUACCUUUGGGAUCUAUUACAAUUGGAAUAACAUCAGGCGCUUCAACACCUGACAAGGCCCUUCCUCCCUCUCCUCUCUUCAGUUUUUCCACUGGAAAAUUCUUCUCCCUGCAGCCUUCGCCACCUGAACUUCUUUCUGCAGCUUUUCCCACCGCCAAACUUCCUUUCUGCUGCCUUUCCUAUCGCCGGAACUUCCUCCUGUAGCCUUUCCCGCCGCCGGCUCCUUCUCAUGCAAUUUUUUCAGCCACGGGUCUCCCUCCUGCCGGCCAGGGACAUUCUCCCAUGAGAUAUACUUGCAGGCCUCCCCAUGAGAUCUAUCUCCUGUGAAAGCUUAACUGCAGACCUUCUCAUGGGAACUUCCUUUGUGGAUCCUGCAACCGUGUUUGGAGUGUUUUUUCUUCGGUUUCCCUAGCAGAGCCUUAACUGCAGGCCCAUCUGAAGAUUUCUUAAGUUCCCAUACUUCCUACAGUAAGGACAGACUUGUCUUCGUGCUUAUAGUUGUCGGCGCCUUCAAAAAGAUCGCAAACAACUCACAAUAUCUGGUAGGGGAAGCAAAAAUAUAUAGAAGAGAAAGGCGGGCGAAAAUGAAAAAGAACGGAGGGCUGAUGGAUCUCUGUAUUGAAGUCACGACUACAAGCAGCGAGAGUGUCUGAGAUAUGGCGGAGGUAACGGAGGACCCUUGAGCGCCUUCCUUCUCAGCUCCCUGAUGUUCUCGUUAGAUGUCUACACAGCCGACGCCUCCUUUUCCCAUCCAUCCUUGAAGUUUUCCAGCUUUCUGUCGAAAUGGCCGACUUCAAAGGGCACAACAGCCUAAAGGAAUUGGACUUGUCAAGAUGCUUGUGUCACAGAUGAUGGCAUUAAGCAUUUAUUGUCCAGUACAAGUUUGGAGAUGCUAUGUGUGUUGGAAACAUGAUUGAAUUUUUAUGGAGACCUCUCCCUCUCUUUCUUUGUAAAUCUGUGUGUUGGAUUUCGGAGGAAUUCUUGUCAAUGAUAAGGUACUAUGGGGCAGUGAAAUUUCCAACAUUGGUGUUGCUACUGUUGAAAAAUUCCCUACGUUGAGUUUUUUGAAUAUAGCUUGGACCAAAGUUACC